UGUUUUAAACGACGGUGAACGUUCUUAUGUUGUCACAUUAUCUGACUUUAUCGCGCGACUCGGACUCGACGAUCGCUCCGAUUCAGUAGCGAGCGUAAAGUCGCGCGAAAGCCUGCCAUCGUCAGAGUGCGUCAGAGAUGUUCUCCGAAUACAUGCCUUUUACGACCAAGUACCUCUGUCACAUAUUAAUCGUCAUCGUCUCGUUCGUCCUGUACAAAAAAUUCUUCGAUCGAUCGGCCAAGAAAAUCGUUCAAAGUGGGACGCGUGCGCUCGCGACAUCCGACGAAUCCACGGAUCCGAGUGAAAAAGUAGACAAGAAGUUAUUUGAAAUAGAGCCUGCUUUACCAAGUGAUCUCAAGCACGUGCCGUACCAACAUGUCCGGAAAUCCGAAGAAGAAUUACUAGCUCGUGCGUCAGAAUUUUAUCGAAUAGUUGCAGCGAGAAGGACUUUAAGAUUCUUCAGUGCGGAUCCUGUUCCGAAGGAAGUUAUUCGUGAGAUUAUAAGGGCCGCAGGUACUGCUCCUAGCGGCGCGCAUACGGAGCCAUGGACCUUCGUUGUGGUAUCCAAUCAAACUACGAAAUCAGAAAUCAGAAAUAUCGUAGAGCAAGAGGAAGAGAUUAAUUAUAAGAAGAGGAUGGGUGUAAAAUGGACGACUGACUUGUCUCCGUUAAGGACCAAUUGGAUAAAGGAAUACCUUACUACAGCCCCGUACCUGAUACUCGUGUUCAAACAGACGUGCAGCAUUUUGCCAAAUGGACAGAAAAAGAUCCAUUACUAUCAUGAAAUGAGCGUCUCCAUCGCGUGCGGAAUACUCAUUACUGCUAUACAGUAUGCCGGAUUGGUGACGCUUACAUCUACGCCAUUGAACUGUGGACCGGCUAUACGCAGCCUCCUGGGACGUCCGUCCAACGAGAAGCUCGUGUUACUUCUGCCUGUUGGUUAUCCAGCUAAAGAUGCCACUAUACCCGACUUAAAACGGAAAGAUUUGUCCGAAAUUUUAGUCGAGAUCGAUUAACACAGGUAUAAAGCACCAUUGGAUAUUACGAUUAUUUCGGACGGCUGAAAAAUCGAAGGAAUAAUUCAUGACGUAUAUUUGUAUCACUUACACAUGUAAAAAUCGAGAAUGGGAGUAUUUGAAAUAAAUAAUCCAACAUACGUUUAUGUUAAUGCUA